GAUUUAUCUUGGAGCAGUUUAAAACAGGUUUUUUUUGGUGAGAUUCUUUACUUCCAAUCAACACAGCAGCUCGACCUUAAAGCAACAUUUCAGUUUCCCACCCUGAGCAUGAAGUCAGAGAAAAAUGGCUGCCUUGUGAAUAUGGUGAAUUGUGAAUAUUUAAAAAAACUAAAACAUGUGUCACCCUCUUUAUAGUGUGAUGUUUUCUGUACAAAAAAAUGAACGUGUCUGUUUUCUGACUUGAACAAAAUAAUAAUAUUAUUUAACAUUGUACAUUAUUAGUUUAUCAAUCAGUCGACUUAGAAGACUUUUAAAUAUUUCUCUAUCUUUUUUUUCAGAACUUAUUUUGUUUUUCUAACUUAUUUUCAACAGUUUUUUAAAUCACUUUGACAACAGUUUUCUUUUUAUACCCUUAUUCGUGAUCUUAUGACGCAUACAUGAAUCACCGCACUGUGUCUCUAAUAGCCCAGUGAGGAAACCCCUUUCCUGUGCCGUCUAUUCUUAAAGGGAAGUGAAGAGUUGCUUGUGUAGCAGUUUGUUUCUCUUUUCAUGCAGACGCCCCUGUCAGCACACACACACUCACACCAUGAACUUCUCACUUGAGCGGAAUUCUACUGGGGAAAUGGCUCCUGAGGAGUUUGCAGGUGGGACAGCGGUGGCUUGUGUGAUCCUGGGCCUGUCCUUCCUGGUAGGAGCUCCUGGGAACCUGCUGGUGAUCUGGACCAUCUUGAGACACGUCAAGCAGCGAUCCCACACUGUGGUGCUCAUCCUGCAUCUGGCUGUUGCUGACCUGUUGGUCCUCAUCACCCUGCCUGUGUGGAUAUACUCCCUCGCUCACUCCUGGGUGUUUGGAGAAGCCUCGUGUAAAGCUAUGGUGUUUAUGAUCAAUGCCUGUAUGUACAGCAGUGUUUUCCUCAUUACUCUCAUGAGUAUAGAGCGCUUUGUGGCUGUGCGUUAUCCUUUUGCCUCAGCCGGCUGGAAGAGGAAAAAAGCUUUGAAUAAGGUUCUGCUGGCUCUGUGGACUGCAGCUUCUUUGUUCAGCAUACCUGUCAUCCCAACACAGGUGGUAGGAGAGGAUUCUGGUGAGGAGCACUGUCUGUACCGGUUUUACACCUCUGUGGCCCAGGAGCUGGUGUGUGUGCUGCUGGAGACGCUAGUGGGCUACAUAUUGCCUUUCUCAGUCCUGGUAGUCUGCUAUGCCUGCCUGUGCAGCCGAAUCACUCAGAUGACCUUCAAGUCCAAGCGUAAGUCCACCGUCCUGAUUGCCAGUGUGGUAGUGGUGUUUGCUGUCUGUUGGACGCCUCAUCACAUUGGAAAUGUCCUCUCACUCAUCAUCCUGUCCAUGGGGAACUCGUUCCCUGAUGAAGCAGCUUACCUGGAGGAUGUAAGGAGCACCAUGACCUUUAUUGCCGGGGCCUUGGUCUUCAUCAGCAGCACUGUCAACCCCAUCCUGUACAUGUUUGCAGCUCGCUCCUUCAGAAGCUCCCUGAGAGACACAGGCAUCCAGAAGCUCUUCCGCCACAUCUCCAGCACCUCCCCAGGUGAGGGCAACAGAGAAUUGUCCUUUGUGUCGAAGAGGCACAGCAACCAGACCAACAGCUCCCAGUGUGUGUCUACAACAAAAGACCAAAUGGAUAUCUUAGUAAAAAUGUGUGAAAAUAACCCAUCCUGAUUCUUCAUGUUUUCUAUCUCUGUAAAAAUAGCUGUGUGUAAGUUAGUUUUUUAUUAGGAGGAUAUUUUGCCUGUUGUGACGCUUGUUUUCUUUGAAAUAACAACGGAGAAGUGGAGGAAGUGGGAAUCAAUUGUCCAAUGCUGUAAACAACCUGUUUAAUAUCUUUUCUAAAUAUAUAUUUUUUCCAAUACUGAAAACAUAUUUAAAAUAUAUUGUAUAUACUGUACUUACAUUUAUUCAAUAUGAAUGAUAAAAAUAUAUUCCUUAAAACCUGUCUAAAUGUACAUUUCUUUAUGAAGACCUUUUUUUUGGCAUUUUGUUGAUGUUAUUCUGAUUAAAAAAAACGUUCCUGUUG